ACUGUAAUUAAAUUUUUUUAUUAUUAUAAAUACUAUUACAUUGCGUUUAUGUUUUUUUUUAAUUUAUUUAUUGUUAUUUGUUAUAUUUUUUAAACAAAUUCAAUUUAAAAUUUUUUUCUUAUGGCAACGUUGCUAUAUUUCAGCCGCAUUCUUCUCAUAUUUAAGUACUUUAAUUUUACUUUUGUGUAGGAGAAUAGCGGUGUUCAUCGUUUUGUUAUUAAUAAUAAUAACCUAUGAAAGAUAAAACUAAAGAAUCAGCACCAGGUGAUGGCAUACGCUCAUUACGAAGUACGACAUUAUUUCGUGCCGUUAAUUAUGAGUUGUAUGUUAAGCCGAAUAAGGGCAUAAUGCUUUUUGGGGUUAUGGCAAUGCUUACUUGUUCAGGGUAUUUAUUUUACAUGAGAUAUAAACAUGAUGGCACUGAUUAUCAUGAAUCCGUACAAGCAGAUGGGAAUAUUACUUUUAAAAACAAAACUUCUAAAUGGCUAGAUUAAUUUUACCAAAAUGUUCACAAAAGACAUAUUUCGAUUUAAUAAGAAUGAUGUUAAGAGAAAUCAGAGUUGUAUUGUAUUUUUAAAAAUUUAAUUUAUGAUCUUCGAUGGUCAUGUUUUAAUAAUGAAGAAUUCAUAAAUACGAGUAGAUAUAAGAGGAAGAGUAAUUUAUUGUCAUUUCGAGCCUUCAAGUAUAAUAUCGCUAUUUACAUUAACACUCGUUCAACGUUAUUUGCGUAUGCCCUGUAAAAAUGUUGCACUUUAUAAUUAUAUCUAAUUAGGAAUAAAUAUGUGUAUAUAUUUAAAUGAAACAGAAAAAAAUAUAUUAUUUAUUUUUGUAAAUAUUACGUACACAUUAGUCCUUCAAAGUCUACAUAAUUAUUUUUAAAACACUAAGAUGGUGGAAGACAUUAAGCAAUGCAUCUUUUGUGAACAACCUGUGUAAUAUCACUUUUAUAGUUUGUAUAGUUUAUUAUAUUAUUUACCAGAUAUAAAUUAUCAAUUAACACACACACACAUACAGUUAAUACGUUUAAUAAUAUGAUUUAUAAAUUUAUAAAUCAUAUGAGGAGAAUAUGUAUAUUUGUCUGAAUAUAAUAUAGUUACAAAUAUUAGAUAACA